AUGCCCCCGAAAGCCGCUCCCGUCGCCUUCGGCACCAACGCCACCGAGAGCGAGAUCAAACUCGCCUUCGCCAUCAUCGCCGCCUUUGCCAAGAUCGCCGAGGACGCCGGCUUCGCCAGCGGCGACAGCGUGCGCCACCUCGUCCGCAAGGCCGCCGAAAAGCAUGACUGGUUCUCCGCCGUCGGCGACGAGGCCGCCGGCGGCACCACCCCGCGCCCCAGAAAGGUCGCCACCCCUCGCAAGAAGAAGAUCGCCGAGGCUGCCGAGGAGGGCGCCGAAGAGGAGGGCACCCCGACCAAGAAGCGCGCCCGCAAGGGCAAGGGCAAGGCUGCCGUUGCCGCCGCCGCUGCUGCCAAGGAGGAGACUCCCGAGGAGGAGGCCGAUGACAAGGGUGGCGCCUCGAAGGAUGCUGAAGUUGAUGCUGAUGCCGGCGGCUCCCAGGUGAAGGACGAUGGCGAGAUCUAA